AUGUCACAUCAACAAGUCAAAUCGCUUAGGAAAAGUAAUGAGGAUCUAAAGAGAAUGCUCGAUUCUGCUCGACGUGAUAUAAAAUCACUAGAGGAGCGAGUUGGUGCUCAAGAGUUGGUUGUCAGAGAAGAAGCUAAUGGCGGACGGGAAGCCCAACUGGAGACGGAAAGGAGCUUAGAAUGGCUGCAUGACUCUGAGUCAAGCUUCCAGAGCGAGCUGCAUGGUAUUCGGAAACGACUUGACGACAUCGAGGAAAACCUCGGGAAGCUGGAGAUUGCCGUGAACGGGAUACAAGAUUAUAGCUACGCCUUCAACAUCAAAAUUCUCGGAGUCCCUGAGCUAAAAGCUAAUGAAGACGCCUCCGAAACCAGUAAUCUUUGCGUUAAUCUGUUCAACCACAUGGGCGCUAACAUUACUAUUGACGACAUCGAUAUCGCUCUCAGAGUCCCUUUUCGUGACUCUUCUCGCUCCGACCCCAAACCAAUCAUUUGCAAAUUCGUAAGGAGACUCGCGAGAAAUAAUGUCAUGGCGGCGAGAAGGCAUGCCUCGAGUGUGGCGGCUCGAGACGUUGGUUUAGAAGAGAGUCAGGACAUGUCCAAAAUAUUAAUCCUUGACCAUCUUACACCGAGAAUGCAGGAGUUGUACGGGAACGCCAAGUCAUUCAAGACCAGGUUUGGUUUUCAGUUCUGCUGGGUCAAAAACGGAACCAUUUUCCUUCGCAGAUCAGAAGAUUCACGUUCUUUAAAAGUCCGUUGCCCUGACGAUCUCUCUCGGAUCAUCCAAGAUGAACAGGAAGCGCUCAGCUAA